AUGGGUUCAACCGAAUGGUCGAUGCCGUUGCAAUUGAAGAAUGAACCUCUAGAUGGCCACCGUCCGAUCAAGGUUCGUGUUAUAGGGGCUGGGUAUUCGGGGAUUUACUUGGGUAUUCGAAUACCGCAACGAAUUCGCAAUGUCGACUUUCAAAUCUAUGAACAGAAUGAGUCUGUUGGUGGCACGUGGUGGGUGAACAAGUAUCCAGGUUGUGCGUGUGAUAUUCCAUCACACUCGUAUCAAUAUACGUUCAACCCAAACCCCAAUUGGUCUGCCUUCUACGCCCCUCAACGGGAGAUCUGCGCCUAUCUCCAAGGAACGGCCGAGAAAUAUGGAGUACUCAGAUUUGUGAAACUACUGCAUAAAGUCGAAUCAUGUCAGUGGGAUGACGGGAAAAAGAAAUGGAUAUUGAAAGUUCGGCGGACAGACACAAAUGAGACAUUCGAAGAUGACGCCGACAUGUUAGUUGCUGCGAGGGGCAACCUCAGUGAUCCUGCCUGGCCGAAAAUACCGGGCUUGAAGUCAUUUGAGGGAGAGAUUAUGCAUUCUGCGGUAUGGAACGAAAAUUAUGACUUCAAGAACAAACGAGUUGGAAUCAUUGGCAAUGGUUCCAGUGCCAUCCAGAUUGUCCCUAGUCUUCAAAAGAUUGAGGGAACGAAGUUGUCAUGCUUCGUCAGGAGUAAAACGUGGAUUACGAAUCCAUUUGGAGACAGCGUGAUGGCGAAACUCGGGUUGAAACCAACACAACUCCAAUUCACACCGGAACAACGUCGCGAAUUUGCCGAAAACCCAGAGAAACUCUUCGCAUUCCGUAAAAUCAUCGAAGUAGACGGCAGCACAAUCCACGACGUCUCGCUUCGCGACUCGGAGAUGCAGCGCGGGGCAAUGGUGGCGUUCAGCGAAUCGAUGAAAAACAAACUAGCAGCGAGACCCGAAAUAUCAGAUUUUCUUAUUCCUUCCUUCGGAAUUGGUUGCCGACGCUCUACGCCCGGACCAGGGUACCUCGAGGCGCUCAUCGAAAGCAAUGUGGACUUCAUCACAGACCCAAUAGAGGUCAUUACGCCCACGGGCGUCGCGCUCAAGUCGGGCCGCUCGGUCCCCGUCGACACCCUCGUGUGCGCCACCGGAUUUAACACAUCGUCAGCCCCUCCAUUCCCCAUUUACGGGCGGGGUGGUCUUUCGCUACAGGAGCGUUUCACACCGUACCCCUCAGCAUACCUAUCGGUCGCCGUGGAUUCGUUCCCGAAUUUCUUCAUGAUGCUAGGCCCUAACUCUGCCAUUGGAUCCGGUUCAUUGACGUCGAUGCUAGAGAAAGAGGGCGAUUACAUUGUAAAGUGCAUCCGCAAAUUGCAAAAGGAGGAUUAUGCUACUAUGACUGUUAAGCCGGAGCGCAUGCGAGACUGGGAUGAGUAUUGUCUUGAGUACUUCAAGAAGACAGUAUACACCGAUACUUGCCAUAGCUGGUAUAAGAGCGAAGGUGGUUCUGGCGACCGUAUUAUCGGCGUGUGGCCAGGAAGCCCGCUUCAUGCGCUUGAGGCCUUGAGGUCUCCCAGGUGGGAAGAUUAUAACUGGGAAAGUGUCGGCGGCGAUAACGUUAAUAAGCUGCGAUGGCUUGGAAAUGGGUGGAGUAUUACUCAUUCAAAAGGAGAAGGGGAGAACGAAUGGGGUGGUGACCCUGGGUGGUACAUUGAGCCACGAUUUGUGGACUUCCCUGUUCCUGGGCAACCUGAGGAUGACCCGGAAUAUAAAUUAAGGCCAUUCUCUCAUUAGUUCUUGCUGGACUGAUUCUUGUAUUAGACUAGAAAUUGCGAGAAAAUGACCCCAUCGGAGUUUUUUGAGAGGUUG